AUGAUGAAGCCCCUGGCCCACAGCUUCCGGUACACUCUCACCAAGAUGCUCAUCGGCCAACCAAUGGAACCAGCUGACCCCUAUCUGAACCCUCUAAAAACCACAAGCCAGGAUACCUCCAGAAUACCUCCUCUUGGCCGACUCAGGUACGGCGUCUUCUGCAAGGGUCUCUCCCGCACCCUGCUCGCCUUCUUCGAGCUGGCCUGGCAGCUGCGCGCCAGCUUCCCGUACGUCUACGUGGCGGGCUCGGUGGUGCUCAACGUCCGCCUGCAGGUACACAUCUAGACCCCGCCGGAGCCGGCGUCAUGGCCGCCGCGGCGGCGGGCGGCGGGUGCCCCGAAGUCUCGCGAGGGUCCGCGGGGCCCGCCGCGCCUGCGCACUCGGCUCCUGGCGGUUCCUCCUGAUGGCCGGCGGAGACGGAGGACGCGAUACCGCGCCCUUCACACACGCGGGUGGAUGGACAAACAGACGGACGUGGCGCACCGAGUGAGACCCGGACCCCCCCCCGCGUGAGAGCAGCAAGGACAGCAUUCCCGAAGGAAGUUGGAUGGACCACAUACCCCGGGGCUGACGGACUCAAGUUAAGGCGCCUGCGGGCCUCGCGCUGGAGGGAAGGGACCCGGAUGGAGGGGGCGGGGCCGGGGCCACACCUCCGGUGGGGGCCACGUGGAAUUCCCGCCAAAACCUCGCGGCGCCGGAAGCAGAGCCGUGGCGGGGUAGUAAGGGGAGGGAGGAGGGGUCAGGGACUUCCGCCUCGGAAGCCGGAGCGGGUGGGGGGGGGGCCGGAAGCCAGUGCCAGGCGUGGCCGCGACCAGAACCAACACCACUCAGACGAGGGCAGCAAGGCGUCGGCAGGAGAGGCCCGCUGUCAGGGUAUGUGCCCGGGGUGGGGGGGGGACGCGUGUGAUACACACGUGCAGCGCAUGCGUGUACGCACCGAGGUCAUUGCAGACCUGGAAAGGUGGGAAACUACACCGCAGUCCCGUGUGAGCCAGCGUGCACGCUCGUGCGUGGAUCCCGAGGAGCGCUGGUC